AUGGCUAUGCGCACUAAAGAGGAUGACGCCGAUACAUGGAGACGGGGUGACGCGCCAGCCGCGACACCAAAGGAAGACUCAUCUGGAGGUGCAUGGAGACGAGGAGUAGAGGUUACUGGAGGAGACGGCGGUACUUAAUUUAUUCUACUCUUUUGACAUGUGUUGACAGUUAUAAGUUGUAAGACUUAUAUAUAUAAUCCAGCAUCGCGCAGGUAGGUGGUUGUUGUAAUUGGUAAAAUCCAAUUUUUUUGGAGAUGAGGAAAAAAGACUGGUGCCAGCUUUGAAAUGAUGUAUUUCAAUUUCUUUUCUAAAAAUCUUGAUUGAUGUUCGUUCUAGUCAUCUUGAACUAGUACGAUCAACUACUUCUUUAUUAUAGCCACUCACACUCACCACUCGAUAAAUAACACAGGAUGGCGCUCCCGAGUUGGCGGAAAAGACAAGGACGCAAAGAAAGGAAAGACCGAGUUAUCAUCGUUGCGAAGAGGCCGAGAGGAGGACAAGAAAGACGAAGGUAUGUGCGUUGGUAUAAUUCCUUCUUUUUUUGUUUGCUUUUUUUAGUACUUUUUAUAUUGUGACUCCUUGUGAGUAGUUUUUUUUUUGCUUGAGUGGUGGUAAGAUCUUGAUGAUUUAUAAAGGAAAAACAAGAAGCGGCAGAAGAAAUUCUUUUGAUAAUCAAUCACAUCACAUCUUCAGUGCACGACCACACCGAAGAGACUGUUGAGGAUGGAUUCACCGUUAUAAGCAGUAAAAAGCCGGGAAAAAAGGUGAAAGAAACGACCUCUGCGAAGGUGGAGACGAAGGACGCACCAGAGGGUAUCAAGCUAGCGAAAAGCGGCUUCGCUGCUGUCGGCAGUGACGAGGACGACACGGAUGAUGAUAAGGAGGAGGAGGAUAAGGAUGAUGCUGAGGAAAAGGAUGAAAAGGCUUCGGAGGUACUUAAUAUUACUCAUUAAUAGGAUUAGAAGAUCUAAAUUAUUUACUGCUUUUUUGAAGAGCAAUUUAUUUUUCAUUUUUACUAGUAUUAAAGAGCACUACUUCUUGUUGUCAACUACUGUUAUUAUCCCCACCACAGAAAACUGAGGAGACAACGGUAA